AUGGCAAGGUUAUUGACGAAAUCCACUCAAGUAAUCGAUUUUCUAUCGGAUCAGCUCUCGCGAAGAAGUGCUCGACAUUUUUGGGAAACUCAAGAGAACUUGGAAUCGUCAAAUCCUUUACUGCAAGAACCACCGGAGAAUUAUAACAGUCUCAAUAUCUCAGACUUACCUCCAUUAUCAAGAAGUGUUACUGUUGCGGAAAAUGAACAGUCUGGAGAUGCAGUAAAGCUAGGAACUUUCGAAGGCUGUUUUAUACCUACCACUUUAAACGUCUUAUCUAUUUUACUUUAUUUGCGGUUUCCAUGGAUCGUAGGAGAAGCAGGAGUUUUAAAGACAUUGCUGAUGCUUGUUAUCAGUUACACCAUAGGAUUUCUCACAAGUUUGUCGAUAUCAGCAAUCUGCACAAAUGGUAUGGUACGAGGCGGUGGUGCAUACUAUGCUGUUUCUAGGUCUAUUGGUCCUGAAAUGGGUGGUUCCAUCGGCUUCAUUUUUUUCGUUGGUCAAAUUUUGAAUACUGGUAUGAACAUUUCCGGAUUUGUCGAGCCUGUGAUUGGUUUGGUUGGAAAAAAUUCUGGCACGAUUCUUAAACUUAUUCCAGAAGGAUUUUGGUGGAACUUUGCUUAUACUACUGUCGUGUUAAUCCUUUGUUGCAGUUUGUGUUGCUUAGGUUCUGCGACAUUCGCAAGAGCAUCGAAUGCACUGUUUAUACUCAUUAUCCUCUCUACCAUAUCCAUCCCCAUUUCAGCUAUGUUAGUCCGCCCAUUCAAGAAUCCUAGUCUAGAUCUUUAUUUUACAGGUUUAAAGUUAUCUACCUUUGUUGAGAACCUUCGUUCAUCCUAUACAAAAGACUUGAAUUCAAAUCUCCAAGAAUCAUUUAAAAGUACCUUCGGUGUUUUCUUUCCUGCGACUGCUGGUUUAUUAGCUGGCGCGAGUAUGUCCGGUGAUCUGAAGGCUCCUUCUCGUGCAAUCCCCAAAGGAACCCUUACUUCUCUGUUCACGACAUUCCUUUUAUACCUUACUGUUAUUCUUUGCAUCGGUGCAUCCGUUACUCGAUCCGGUCUUUUGUUUGACAUGGAAGUGCUUGAACAUAUUAGUUUGCAUCCUUUACUUAUUAUUUCGGGCAUACUAGCUAGUGGAGCGUUUAGUUCUUUUAUGGGUAUAUUCGGCGCCGCUAAGUUACUUCAAGCUAUCGCCCGUGACGACCUGAUUCCUGGCUUAUUUUUAUUUGCCAAAGGAUCUGAACAACAAGACAUACCGUUUCGAGCCAUCUUCCUAACGUAUGCGAUUACUCAACUUAGUCUUUACUGGGACAUAAACAUGCUUUCUUCAAUGAUAACAAUGACUUUUCUCUUGACCUUUGGAUUUAUUAACCUGGCCUGUCUAUUAUUAAGAUUGAGCAGCACUCCCAACUUUCGUCCUACCUUUUCAUUUUUCAAUCGGUUUACUACCGGAUUCGGCUGCGCUUUGUCAUUUGGUAUCAUGUUUUAUAUUGACCGAAUAAACGCGUUUGCCUCAUUCUUAAUUGCAGGAUUACUAAUCUUUGUCAUUUACUUCACAAGUCCUCCGAAAAACUGGGGAGAUGUUUCGCAAGGAAUAAUUUAUCACCAACUUCGAAAAUAUCUUCUGCAUACCAACAAAACAAAAGAGAAUAUAAAGUAUUGGCGCCCACAGAUUCUAUUGCUCGUUAACAAUCCAAACCGCUCAGAGAAUAUAAUCCGUUUUUGCAAUUCUUUAAAAAAAGGGUCUCUUUACAUUUUAGGGCAUGUAAUUGUCUCUAAGGAUUUUCAAGCCAGUAUGGAAGAAUUGCGAAAGCAGCAGCAACUUUGGCACGAGUUCAUACUUAAGAGAGAUAUCAAAGGGUUUGUUGAUCUUACUGUUGCACCCGACGAAGUAUGGGGGAUUCGUGGCCUUAUUUCAUCCGCUGGGCUGGGUGGUAUACGCCCGAAUAUUGCCGUACUUACUUUUAUUAAUACAAGAUACAAAAAGGUUGAUGCGGCCAAACACAAAGCCCUUAAAGAUGAUGACGACUCUUCAAGUAUGAGAGAUAUGUCGGAUUCCCACAUUGCUGAGCAUGCGAUUUUACCAGUCAAGUGGGUUCAGAUUUUGGAAGACAUUCUUGCCGGUCUUGUUGAUGUGAUGGUGACUUAUGGAUUUGAUCGACUGCAAUGGCCCCAGACAAAGGGAACAAAACGAUACAUUGAUAUGUUUCCCGUGCACAUGGCAUCAAAUUUGGAGUCACAUACGAAUAGAACGAGGCCUUUGUAUGCUACAAAUUUAGAGACUUACACAAUGGUUUUCCAAUUAAGCUGGAUAUUACACACAUCACCCGAGUGGAAACAAGGAUGCACAUUACGGCUGCUUACUAUUGUUGAGCACGAAAAUGAAAUUGAAGCUGAAAAACGAAGUUUGGAACAAUUGCUAGAGACAUUCCGGAUGAAAGCUGAAGUGAAAGUCUUAUGUCUUUCUUUGAGCAAUUUGGAUGCUUAUAGGUAUAUUUUAAAGAAUGAGCCCAUUUCACCUGAAAAAUCUGCCGAUAUCGAAGUCAUGCUGAACGAUGAUCCAUGGUGGAAUGAUCUUUCACGACACCGCAAUAAUUCGACGGCUUUCUCGAGGAAUAACAUAAUCCAUCGCAAACAAUCUGAUUUUAGUUUUGGGCCAUCUAGUGCUCGACAACGAAGUGCUCCACCGUUGAGCAUUCCUUUAAGUUUCCGACUUGGUCAAUCCCUAAAACAAGCUCACCCUUUUAGUCAACCUUCCUCCGUGGACGAUGAAGACGGCGCACCUCCUAAAGCUCAUCGAUAUUACUCUGAUAAUACCCUUGAGACACCUUAUGAUGUACGAUCGCAAUCAUCCAAUUCCAGCGAUGACCAAAGCAUGGAAAAUCAAAAAGAAAGUCCAGAUAUGGACGCUAAUUUUACCUUUAAUGAUCUUUCUUCAAGAGCCCAGUAUAUUAUUAUGAAUGAAAUGAUCAAGGAGCACACAAAAGAGACGGCGGUACUGUUUACUGUUUUACCUGCACCUCAUGCCAAAACAUAUCAGAAUUUUACUAAGUCAGAACAGUACGUGGAUGAUUUGCUUAUCUUCAUGAAGGGCCUACCUCCUUGUGGAUUAAUCCAUUCUAAAAGCCUUACUAUUACAACGGCACUAUAG